AUGCAGUUCCAACUCCUCGCAUUCGCUACUGCGCUCCUUACGGGUGUGGCUGUCGCCCAUCCCGGCCAUGAGCACGGCCUGAGCCACACUGAAAUGGUCCGCCGCGGAAACCUUUCCAAGCGUUGCGCCGUCCAGGCCGGUCAGUUCAGCGAGGUCCGCAAGAGGCGUCACGCUGAGAAGCGCUCGCUUGCUAGCCGCCACCUCGCCGCCCGCGACUCCAACGUCACCAUUCACACCGAGGGCCCCCACUACAACACUCUGCAGAAUGACACCUGCGUCCUGACCCCUGAGGUUACCAAGGGACCUUACGUCUGGCCCCAAUCGCAGACUCUGCGUCAGGACAUGAGCGAGGACCAGGCCGGUGUUCCUCUCUACCUGGAUAUCGGUGUUCUCAACAUCAACACUUGCGAAGUCAUGGAGGAUGUCUUGGUCGAUUUGUGGCAUUGCAAUGCUACCGGCUCUUACAGCUCUUUCACCGGACGCGACCCGAACACUCCCUUCGAGGAGCUCCUCGAGCAGCUGAACAUGACCAUCGGCCCCGACCUGGAUUUGCACACCGACGACACCACCUGGCUCCGCGGCAUGUGGCCCACCGAUAGCAACGGCAUCAUGGAAAUGAAGACCGUCUUCCCCGGCUUCUACGUCGAGCGCACCAUCCACAUCCACGCCCAGGUCCACACCGACUGGUCCGUCCGCAGCAACGGCACCAUCGUCGGCUCCAACAUUGCCAACACCGGCCAGAUCUUCUUCGACGAGGAGCUCAGCGCCCAGAUCAUGGCUCUGGAGCCCUACGUCAGCCACACCGAGAUCAACCGCACCACCAACGACAUCGAUUCCAUCUUCGCUGCUGAGGUCGUUGGCGGCUGGAACCCGAACAUGAUCGUUGAGCCUCUUGACGGCGAGGACGUCACCAAGGGCAUGCUCGCUUACAUCACCCUCGGCGUUGAGGCAUAG